GAGUCGGAGUCGGAGUAGAUCCACCUUUACGGGUCAUAACUCCAUAAAUGCUUUUUGAGUUUCAUCUCUCCCGCGGUUCGACGGUCUUCUAAAACCCUAACCCAGCUCCAGACCAAACCUGAAAUAUCACUCUGUCAAUUCGGCAGCUAUGUAUGGAGGCGAUGAGGUAUCGGCUAUAGUGAUAGACCUAGGUUCGCACACCUGCAAAGCCGGUUACGCCGGCGAAGAUGCGCCCAAAGCUGUGUUUCCUUCGGUUGCCGGAGCAAUUGAUCAAAUGGAAGUUGACGACCUUGAAAAAACUGAAAAUAACUCUGGAUCUGUAGAUUCUAAAAACACUGCCAGAACCGUUGAUUCUGACAAAACCAAGGGAAAACGCAAAUUGUAUGUCGGAUCACAAGCCUUACGUUUUCGCCGGGAUAAUAUGGAGGUGUUGUCACCCAUAAAGGAUGGAGUUGUUGUUGACUGGGAUAUAGUUGACAGCAUAUGGGAUCAUGCUUUUAGGGAAUGCCUGUUGAUUGAUCCUAAAGAGCAUCCAAUGCUACUUGCAGAACCAUCUUCUAAUACCCAACAACAAAGAGAAAGGACGACAGAGCUUAUGUUUGAAAAGUACAAGGUUCCUGCAUUGUUUUUGGCCAAGAAUGCUGUUCUCACAUCUUUCGCAUCAGGACGUGCUACCUCAUUAGUUGUUGACAGUGGUGGAGGAUCAACUACGGUUGCCCCAGUGCAUGAUGGUUAUGUUCUUCAGAAGGCUGUUGUAUCUUCUCCUAUUGGGGGAGAAUUUCUUAGUGAUUGCUUAAUGAAAAGUUUGGGAAGCAAAGGUAUCACGAUAAAACCCAGAUAUUCUUUCAAGAGAAAGGAAAUACGGCCAGGAGAGUUUCAGAUAGUAGACCUUGAUGUUCCAAAUACAACAGAAAGCUACAGUUUCUACUCCCAGAGGGUAAUUGCUAGUGAUAUUAAGGAAUGCGUUUGCCGUGCCCCAGAUACUCCGUAUGAUGAAAGUGCUUAUUCGAACAUCCCAAUGACGCCAUAUGAGCUUCCCGACGGCCAGACAAUUGAAAUUGGAGCUGACAGAUUCAAGAUUCCUGAUGUUCUAUUUAAUCCAUCACUGGUUCAGACAAUUCCUGGUAUGGAGAAUUAUGCUGAGACUAUUCAUUCUGUUCGAGGGUUGCCACAAAUGGUCAUAGAGAGCAUUAAUAAGUGUGACGUCGACAUUCGAAGAGAGUUAUUUAGUAGUAUACUGCUUGCUGGUGGCACGGCAUCAGUACAACAGUUGAAGGAACGACUUGAGAAAGACUUGCUAGAAGAGUCUCCUCAAGCUGCUAGAGUUAAAGUAUUGGCGAGUGGAAAUGCAACAGAAAGGAGAUUCAGUGUUUGGAUUGGAGGGAGUAUAUUAGCUUCUCUCGGUUCAUUCCAGCAGAUGUGGUUCUCCAAGUCUGAGUAUGAAGAGCAUGGGGCAUCUUAUAUUCAAAGAAAAUGCCCUUGAGAAGCCAUCUUUCUCGACAAUGGGCAGUAUCAGAGGUAUCAACUUCUUGAUCCUUUAUCCUUGCUAGAUUCAUCACACUUCACUUUUGUCGGGCCUGUAAAAGCUUCAAAGCCUGUGUCUAAUAUGUCUUGCUCUAUUAUCGUUUUCCAUGGCUUACUGUUUGCGGCUGUUAUAUGCCCAUUCAUUCAUUCCGAUUUAACGAAAUACUUUGCAUAUCGUUCAAAUGCACAGUUGCUAUAUCAGAUAAUAGUUGCAGACACUACAAAGAUGCUUUCAAAUCUCAUGGUCUCUCUUGUUCCCUUCCAAUCCCUAUCACUUUGUAUUAGGUGGUGUCUGCAAACUAAAUUAUUUGGUUUGGAUUUGAAUUGAUCUUGAAAACUAUAUUAGCUCAACUUGUAUGGCUUUA